AUGAGAACUGGUUUAGGGGGAAAAAGUUUAAUCGAUCUUGAGCUUGCUAAUCCAACUAAAUUACCGCCUGUCUUUCCUGCGCAUAAGAUUACAACUGGAGACAUUGUUGGUUUAGAUGAAUACAAAAAAGAUAAACCUUCAAAGCAAGUGGCUAAAUGGUCUGGUGUUGUACUUCGAGUAACUGACUCGAAAAUUACUUUAGCUCUUCAGGAACUGGAUGAAGAAUUACCUAAUGAAAUACAGGAACGCUGUCAAAUAAUGCUGAAAGGUCUGGAAACAUUACAAAAAAAGUGUGAAGAAGGUGGAUCAAACUUGAUUAAUGUAUUGCUAGGGCAAACUAGAUUAUCUUCAGUUCAGUCAAUAUCAGAUAUUACAUUUUUCGAUGAAACUUUAAAUGAAUCUCAAAAGGAAGCUGUUCGAUUUGCUCUUGGUUCUCCCGAAAUAGCCUUGAUCCAUGGUCCACCAGGAACGGGCAAGACAUAUACGCUUGUAGAAAUUAUUCGACAAUUAUCCAUCAAUCAAAAGAAACGUGUCCUUGUAUGUGGUCCUUCAAAUAUCUCUGUUGAUAAUUUGGUUGAAAGACUUGCUCAGUAUCGACUUGAUAUCGUUCGUAUUGGACAUCCUGCUAGAGUAUUACCGUCUGUACUAGAUCAUACACUUGAUAUUAUUACUCGUACCUGUGAUUCGGGUCAAAUUGUGUCUGAUAUAAGAAAAGAAAUGGAUGAAACAUUAGCAAAGAUAGGGAAAUCCAAGAAUAGAUCCGAGCGAAGAGCUAUGUAUGGUUUAGUGAAGGAUCUACGUAAAGAUUAUAGAGCAAGAGAGAAAAAAGUUAUAGAUGAAGUUUUGACAAACGCUCAAGUUACUAUCUCUACUUUAAAUGGUGCUGGAAGCCGAAGCAUCUCAAACCGAGAGUUUGAUGUGGUUAUUAUAGAUGAAGCAACACAAGCUUUGGAAGCAGAAUGCUGGAUUGCAUUAUUAAAAGCUAAAAAAGCUAUUUUGGCUGGAGAUCAUCUACAAUUACCUCCAACAAUCAAAACACCUAUUAAGAUUACAAAUGUUAAAAAAAAAUUGAAGAAAGGAGAAUUACCAACUGAUACUGAUCUUUCAACUACAUUGUUUGAUAGAUUGCUUGGUAUGUAUGGUGAUUCUAUUAAACGUAUGUUAAUGGUUCAAUAUCGAAUGCAUCAGAAGAUUAUGGAAUUUAGCUCAAGAGAACUGUAUGAAAAUAAACUUAUAGCUGAUGAAAGUGUUGCUAGCCAUCUUUUAGUUGAUUUACCUGGUGUUGAAGAUACCGAAAAUACAGAUGUUCCACUAAUUAUGAUAGAUACAUCAGAUACAGGAUUGACACAUGAAAUAGUAGAUGAUACCCAAGAAGAACAAAGCAAAGCAAAUGAACUCGAGGUAGAGCUGGCUGUAUCCCAUAUCCGUGCUUUAUUAGAUGAUGGCUUGGAAGAAGACCAAAUUGGUGUUAUUACACCUUAUGCUCUUCAAGUCUCUAAAUUAAAAAGAGACAUUCGUGAAAACUGGCCAGGUAUUGAGAUUGGUACUGUAGAUGGCUUUCAAGGUCGUGAAAAAGAAGCCAUUUUGUUUUCAUUAGUUAGAUCAAAUGAAACUGGUGAAGUAGGUUUCUUAGCAGAAAAAAGACGACUUAAUGUUGCAAUGACAAGAGCAAAGAGACAUUUAUGUGUAAUCUGUGAUUCAGAGACUCUACUUGGUAAUAAGGGUGGUUCAAAACCUGCCUCUCGUUUUGAUGGUGACUUCUUAAAAAGAUGGAUAGAGUAUUUGAGCGAAGAAUCUGACUUGAGAUUUAGUGAGUUUGUCACGAAGUAA